AUGUACCACAGGUCACUCUUCCCUGAUCUACCAACAGUCCCCAAGCCAAACGUCCACAACCUUCUCUUCAACCGGCCUGACCAGAAGGAUUGGCCAGAUUACACCUUGUUCGUGAAUGUAGCUACUGGCCAGCGGCGUUCGUUCAGGGAGUUUGUCGAACGUGUCCGCGAUGGCGCUACUGCACUGGAUACUGAUGUGGCACAGGGCGGCCUAGGUCUUCGUCCACAGAACGGCGAGCUUGUGGGUAUCCUGAGCGAGAACUGCCCGGACUAUAUCGCGCUGAUACAUUCGCUACUAGUAAUCACAGUCCCUUUUGCGCUGUUUUCAUCAUACUCUACGCCGUACGAGCUCAACCACGCCAAUUCACUUGCGCGGGCAACUAGGAUUUUUACCAGUGCCUCGUUACUGCCACUCGCUUUGACCUUAGGUCUCCCGCCAGACCGGAUCCAUCUCCUAGAAGGAGAGAAUAAAGGGUACACAAGUUAUGAUUCGCUCGUCUCUUCUGCUCGCAAGAAUGGUAUUCCACGGCUGCCGCAUACCUGGUCUUUUCCAGCGGGACAAGCGGUCUUCCCAAAGGCAUCCGUUAUGCUAUCCCACGGAAAUAUUAUUAAUGUCCUCUUGGGAAUGAUGGUAAGCGCUAUGGAAAUAGUCAAAGUCGAAGAGCCAACAAUAUGGGACACCCCUGAAGGGCUUCAAGUGUCCUUCAAUAUUCUUCCAAUCUACCACUCUCUCGGCCUCUACCUGACCAGUUUCUUCAACUUCCUUAAACCUUCCACGAUUGUGAUGCUCCCGAAGUGGAACAUCGAUUCAUUCUUCGACAGCGUCCCCAAAUACCACAUCACGUCCCUCGUUCAUCAUCCCCGCUUCAAAACUGCCGAUCUGAGCUCAAUUAAAGGAAUCGGCUGUGGCGCUGCACACCUUCCCCCCCAGCUCGCCGCCCAGCUUUGCGCCCGCUUCCCAGCCAUGGAAAGAGUUAAUGAAGGCUACGGUUUGUCCGAAUUCACAGUGAUCGUUUCCAUGAAACCUCUCCCUGGUAUGCUCGAUGGACGUGCCAAGAACAAGCCUGGUUCUGUCGGAAUUCUCGUCCCUGGAGUCGAAGCUCGCAUUGUUCGUCCUGAUGGGUCCCUCGCGGGGCCAAACGAGGCGGGUGAACUCCACAUACGUGGGGGUGCUGCGGCGCUGGGAUACAGGGGAAACGACAAAGCGACGCGGGAGACGUUCGUUGAUGGGUGGGUCCAUACGGGCGACCAAAUGCGCAUCGAUGAGGAUGGGGACACGCUCAAAAUCUCGGGCAUGCAGGUUUCCCCUGUCGAAAUCGAAGACACUCUCCUGGCACACCCGAAAAAACUCAUCACUGACGCAACCGUCGCGGGCGUUUCAGGCGGGCGUACCUCGGACGAACGCAUCCCGCGUGCGUGGGUUGUGCUCUCUCCGGCAGGCGCUGCCUUGGGUGAGAAAGAGGUCGUAGCGCAGCUCGAUGCGUGGGUACGGGAGCGGUUGAGUCGAUAUAAGUGGUUAAGGGGAGGGAUUGGUAGUGUGGAGAUGAUUCCGAAGUCGCCGACUGGGAAGGUGCUGAGGCGGCUGUUGGUAGAGCAGUAUGAAAGGGAGGUGAAGGCGAAGGCGAAAUUAUGACAGCUAUCUUCAAAUCGAUAGACCAGGAUUCAGAUUUUUCGCUUGAGCGGACCUUGGAGCGGUACCAAACAGAGGCGCACCUUGCACCACUUACUUCGAAAGUACAGCACCCAGCUUAUGCUCGGAAAUUCUCAACUCAGAGGUUACUAAACAACAGCGGGUCACCUUGUAGUGUGCACGAACGAGCUCGAGGACGAUAGCGCCAGUGACACGAUCGAGGCAUCGAACUGCUUCGGGUCCCACAACUAUGAUCAGGCAGCUAAGCCCAACUUUCAGAAACAUUGCAGUGUCGAGAAUCACAGUUGCCGACUUCGUUUUUUGAACUGAGACCACCAAUUGUAAGAGACCACGGUCAAGAACAUGGUAGUGGGGACAGGCAUCGCUGUGGCCUACCUGUACAUGAGGGUGUACACAUGGUUGCCUUUCUGAGAGUUUUAGU